ACAGGAAAUAGCUUGACUCUACUUUCCCAGUUUCCACCACAAGCUUACUCUAAUCUUUUCCUCCCUCCUCUGUUGUUGAUUUUCUUCUUUCUUACUCUGAUUCUUCCGCCGAUUUCAGCCGUAGGUUGCGGUGUUGAGAGAAGAUAAUCAGUCCCGACUUCUCGGACCUGGAUUUCGCUAUGAACGUCAACUUCCCUCCGGGGCCGCUUGUCGGCUCCGAGAUUCAUGGAUUCCAAUCAUGGGAAGAAUUGGAUGUUAAGAGCAUGAUGGAGGAAGCUGGUUCCAGAUGGCUCCGAGCAAAUGAAAUUCAUGCAAUACUUUGUAACUAUAAGCAUUUUCAAGUCAAAAUCAAGCCCGUCCACUUGCCCAAAAGUGGUACAAUUGUAUUGUUUGACCGAAAAAUGUUAAGGAACUUUCGGAAAGAUGGCCAUAACUGGAAAAAGAAAAAUGACGGGAAGACAGUUAAAGAAGCUCAUGAACACCUGAAAGUUGGUGAUGAAGAAAGGAUUCAUGUAUACUAUGCACAUGGCCUAGAUAACCCGACCUUCGUUCGUAGGUGUUACUGGUUGCUUGACAAGAAUCUGGAACAUAUAGUUCUUGUUCACUACCGUGAAACACGAGAGGGUCCUCCAGCCACCCCUGUGAACUCAAAUUCUAGUUCAGGUUCUGACCAGUCUCCUUCAUGGCUUGUACCUGGAGAGUUUGAUUCUGGGGCAGGGAAUGCAACAUAUGCAGCUUUUUCUGGAAACUUGAUGGAACCCAGUGACAGUAUGAUGGUUAAAAACUAUGAAAGGAGGCUUCAUGACCUUAAUACACUUGAAUGGGAUGAGCUUCUAGUGACAAAUAAUACCAAUGAGGCAUUGGCACCUAAAGGAGACCAGAAUUCAGGCUUCCGUCAACAAAAUCUGUUUGCGGGUAGCGCACUUCAGGCCUACAAUGUAUCUGAACAAAUUUCGGGUUUAGUAAACUUAAAUGAGCACAAUGCUAAGAGUGGCAAUGAUGAUCUUAAUAUUCUGGAGGGUGCUUUUAAUCAGACAAUGGGUAGUGAGGCUUAUACAGACGUGCCAAGAAAGGAUUCUGGAGCUGUCACAACUGUUGAUUCAUUAGACAUUUUGGUCAAUGAUGGAUUACAAACCCAGGACAGUUUUGGAAAGUGGAUGAACUACUUUAUGACUGAGUCUACAAUCUCAACAGAUGACCAUGUGCUAGAUUCCUUGGUCUCAUCUAGCAAUCAUUCGGUCACCUCUUCUGCAGCCAACAAUCAUCAAUCUUGUGUGCCGGAGCAGAUAUUUACUGUUACCGAUAUCUCACCUGGAUGGGCCUAUUCAGCUGAAAAGACUAAGAUUCUAAUCACUGGGUUCUUUCAUCCAGAUUAUCAAAAUCCUGGAAAGUCUAACUUGUAUUGUGUAUGCGGUGAUGUUUCUGUUCCCACAGAAAUUGUUCAGGUUGGGGUUUAUCGCUGUUUUGUAUCACAAAAUUCUCCUGGAUUGGUAAACCUUUAUCUGAGCUUUGACGGCCAUAAACCAAUAAGUCAAGUUGUUAAUUUUGAGUAUCACACCCCUUUAAUGCACAACCCAAUAGUUCCUCCAGAAGAUCAGUCCAAGAGGGAAGAGUUCAAAUUACAACUUAGGCUUGCACGUUUGCUUUUCUCUACAUCGAGAAGCCUUAACAUUCUAUCCAGUAAAGUUUCACCAAAAUUCCUGAACGAGGCUAAGAACUUUGCUCAAAAGACCAAUAGCAUAUCUAAUUAUUGGGCACAUUUAAUCAAGUUAACUGAAGACAGCCAAGCUUCAUUUACACGAGCAAAAGAUCAUCUGUUUGAAUUUAUUUUGAAGAAUAGACUGAAGGAAUGGCUUUUGGAAAGAAUAGUUGAAGGUUGCAAAACCACUGAAUAUGAUGCUCAAGGUCAAGGGGUUAUUCAUUUGUGUGCUAUUCUUGGAUAUACUUGGGCUAUUUCUUUAUUUUUAUGGUCAGGCCUAUCAGUGGACUUUCGUGAUAAACAUGGAUGGACAGCUCUUCACUGGGCAGCAUAUUAUGGAAGGGAAAAAAUGGUUGCCCAUCUUUUAUCUGCUGGGGCAAAGCCAAACUAUGUGACAGACCCCACCCCAGAAAACCCUGGUGGCUGCACUGCUGCUGAUGUUGCAGUAAUGAAGGGUUAUGAGGGGUUAGCUGCAUAUCUUUCAGAAAAGGCUCUAGUAAAACAGUUUGAGGAGAUGGCCAUAGCUGGAAAUGUGAGUGGCAAAUUGCAAACCAGCACAGCUGAUGUAAUAAGCGCUGAGAACAUUACUGAAGACGAGUUGUACUUGAAGGAAACUUUGGCAGCUUACCGCACAGCUGCUGAUGCAGCUGCACGUAUACAGGUUGCAAUCAGGGAGCACUCCCUUAAAGUCCGGACUAAAUUUGUUCAGUUUUCCAAUCCCGAGGAUGAAGCACGCAAUAUAAUUGCAGCAAUGAGGAUUCAACAUGCCUUUCGCAACUUUGAAACAAGAAAAAAGAUGGCUGCUGCUGCCCGUAUUCAACAUGGGUUUCGUGGUUGGAAAAUUCGUAGAGAAUUCCUUAACAUGCGUCGCCAGGCUAUCAAAAUCCAGGCUGCUUUUCGGGGCUUACAAGAGCGGAGGCAGUACCGCAAGAUUAUUUGGUCAGUUGGUGUGCUUGAGAAAGCAAUUCUACGAUGGCGUUUGAAGAGAAAAGGCUUUCGGGGGCUUGAUGUUAACCCAGUUGAACCAGUUCCAGAUCAAAGACAGCAGGAAAGCAACACAGAAGAAGACUUCUACAGAGCCAGCCGGACUCAAGCUGAAGAACGUGUUGAGCGAGCUGUUCUAACAGUCCAAACCAUGUUCCGCUCAAAGAAAGCACAGGAGGAAUACCGGAGGAUGAAACUAACCCAUAAUCAAGCAAAUCUGGAAUUAGAAGACUUCCUCUACGAUGCAGACAUGGAUACUUGAAAUACCGAGGUUCAUCGUCCACAGGCUCGACCAAAGAGUAGAAGAAUAAUCCUUGGGAAGCUGUAUAUGUUGUGAAUGUCUAGAUUAGCUUAGAUGUAACGAGGACCUUUCAAUCCGUUCUGUGACUAUGAGAGGGUAAGAUUUGUGUAUCAUCUAUGUAGAUCUUAUAACAGUAGGACGAGUUUAAGUCAGUAUUCCCUAUAAAACCUCUAAAUUAGUAAUGAACUUUUCUUGCUGCCUGUUUGACCCAACUAGAGCUUUUGUAUUGUAGUAAGUGUUUUCUAACUAAAGCUUCUGUAAACUGGCACUUCAGAAUUGUGAAGGUUUCAUAGAUGUAGAAUGGGGAUUUC